CAAACGCCAAGGAGGGCCCAUCCAUCAUGUUCAAACCUACUUCGCCUCACAGGUCCAUGUUGACCCGCACGUCGAUCACCAAGGAUGAGUCGGUGGCGCUGUCGGCGUCGAAUGCCAUGUUACAGGAAGACUUGGCUCCUCCUGCCCGGUGGGUGGACAAGCAAAGCCGGUCCAAGUGCUUUUGCUGCAGCCGGCAUUUCCAGACGCUCUUGCGUCCCAAAUACAACUGUCGCAAGUGUGGCGAAGUCGUGUGUUCCAAGUGUCGCGUGUCCAAGUUGCUGCGGCCGUCCGUCACCGCCGUGAUCGUGUCCAUGAAACAGCUCACGACCGUCCAAAUAUGCCUCGUGUGCAGCCACAGUCUCGUCACCACGGAGCCUCGCCAAACGCAGGUCCAGCCUCCAUCGUCAACUCCGGCCAUCACGCAUUUCGCCACGACUCCCCAACCCAAACCCAACGCUACGCCACCAAAAUCCCCUCCGUCGUCGGCCAUGAUCCCGAGCCCGUACGACCUCGACUGGGACUGGGCGCACCCGUGGCCUAAGCCGCCCGCCCUGCCGUCGUUCGUGGAGAGUCAGCACAAGGACGUCCUGAACAGUCUGCGCAUCCUCGAUACCCCCAAAGACGAAUCGUUCGAUCGCAUUGCCAUCGCCGCUCGCAAGUUCACGUCGCCGCCUUGUAAGGUCGCCUGUGUGGGCUUUAUGGACUUGCAAAACGACCGCCAGUGGUUCAAGGCAACGUGCGGACUCGCCCAAUCUGAAAUGCCAAGGACAGUGUCAUUUUGCACGCAUACUCUGUAUUUGAACCAGCCGGUGGUGGUGCUGGAUGCCCGCGUGGACGAGCGCUUCUGCUUUAACCCGCUCGUGACUGGCGCCGGCCAGUUCCGGUUCUAUGCGAGCGUGCCGAUCGUGGUCGAAAGUGUCGCCGUGGGCACGAUCUUCGUACUGGAUGCGGAACCGCGCACGGAAUUCGACGUGGACAUGUCGAAACUCGUGAGGUUGGGCCACAUGGUGUCCAAGAUGCUUGUGGAGCGCCGCCUUCGGUCUGUGCGCAAGGCAUCGCUGGACGAGAGCUUUCGGGUCACGACGACCAUGUCCGUCCCGUGCUACUUUGAUGAGGACCAGACGAUCGCGGGGCGAGGGAGCUUGGUGUCGACGAAGAUGGAGAAGCCAGUGCGAAGCUACUCGAUGGACAUCCUGGACAUGGCCACAACAUCGUGCGCGAGCCAGCGGCGGUCCAGCGUCGACGACUUUACGACUUCGAUGCCAGGGAACUUUAUGCCGACCACCGAGCACCCGCGGCAGUCGUCCGAGGAAGAGGCUACCGAUGGAAGCUCCAUGGAAACGAUGCUGAUGACGCUCUUGAGUCAGACUACGUUGACCCAACAGCAGAUUGCCACGCAGCAAGGCGACUUGUACGUGCGCUUGGGCAGUAACAGCACCAAGCUCAACAUGCUGACCGAAGCGGUGGCGAGAAUGGAGGCUAAGCUCCAGGAAAGGCAGACCGAAGGCGAAGAAACAAAGGGUUGAUAUAGUAGUUGUCCGACGAGUAGGAUGGACCGAUAAUCAUUUAUAUUUAAGCACCUGGACGACGUGAGGCUGGCUAACGAUUGAUUGCUUCGACUCGAGGUACGCUGCAAUGGAAGCAAACUGUCUCGACACAUUUGGAUCCACGUGGGUUUCUGACGACGACGACGAUAUGGACCCACCAGUGUUGUCCGGAAUGGAUGCGAGGGCUACGGCGGACGCAGCCUUCAGCCCCAUGGCAUCGCCAAGUUCUUGGGACGUGGUGGCCAGCACACAGAUAGGGACGGCAAACAUGCUUGCCAUAGACAUGAUGUGCCAUGCGGCAGGCUGCACCGACGGGUUCAUGGCAAGGACAACGACGCUGGCCUGGUGGCGCUCGAGGAGCCGCGUGACUGCGUUGACACCGAUCGCGACAACUUUCAGAGGCGCCACGGCAGGAAGGAGGGGUGUAAGUUCAUGCAGUAUGCGAUCAAGGACGAUUUGCUUGUCUUCGUUCUCCACUAGAGAAAAGGGCAGCGGACGAAGGCGGCGGCUAGCGUCGGACGACUCCUUCCAUCGGUCUUUCUCUUGCAGCGCUCGGUGCCGCAGCGUCGCCAUCGUUCUCCGCCAAUCAAA